AUGAUCACCAUUAUAUUAUUGAAUAUAAUUAUUAUUCUUCAAUAUUCUUUAAAUAUCAAUCUUUGUCAAGAUAUUGGUGAUGAUCACACUUGUAUUGAUUCAGACCCACAAGAACCACCGAUAUAUAAUAUAAAGUGUUUAUUUACAUUAAAAUCAUAUCAAACAUCAAUACUGGAAUCACUCAAUCAAAAGAGUAAUUGUACACUGACAUAUGGUAGAUAUUUUUAUCAAACAGACUAUUCAGUAAAUCCAUAUAGCAGUCCUGAAGUAAAAAUAAAUAGAUUGAAACCAAAUAUCACUAAAGUUAAUAUAUGCGAACAAUAUAAUAAUAAAUAUUUAAAGGAAAUCUAUCGAGUGGUAUCCAAUUCAAAUGUGUCCACUCUAAAAGGAAUUACAAGCUUAUCAAGAGUAUUACCUGUGAAUUUGACAUCGAUAACAUUUAAUGAUGAUUUAGAUGAAGAGUUGUUCGCAGGUUAUCUUCCACCAAAUUUAAAGAAACUUAAAUUCAAAUGGUAUUCCAGUUUUAAUCAAGCUAUAGAACCAGGUGUACUUUCAAAUACAUUAAAGAAACUGAAAUUUGGAGAAUGCUUCAAUCAACCAAUUGAACCUAAUGUAUUACCAGCAUCUCUAACAUUUUUAGAAUUGGGAUUAGAUUUUAGUGAAACACUCCAAGUUGGUAGUCUUCCUCCAAAUCUUAGGGUUCUUAAAUGCUAUGGUAACAGUGCGAUAUCAGAUGGAGUGUUACCAAAAUCACUUUGCACUUUGGAGUCUCCUUUAUCAUGGAUGCCAUUCAUUAAAUCACUUGACAAUCUCACAACGCUAAGACUCUCUCAAAGUGAUAGCUAUUCUCUAGGUAUCUCAGUAAACUUGGCAGAUCUACCAGUUUCUCUUACAAACUUAAAUAUUUCUACUUCAUGUAUUCUCACCUCAUCGAUAUCUCCUUCAAUCAGAUAUCUCGAUAUACAUCAUACCGAAUAUGAUAUUGAUGAAAUAUUCAAAGAUCGAUCACGUUACAAUUUCGAAAGACUAUGCGUAAAUGGAGCCAAAAAUGAAUCACUUGACAAUCUAAAGAUCAAGGAGUUGAAACUACAAUUUUACAAACAUGCAUCAUUUAUGAGAGAUAUUCCAUUUGGUGUGGAAACAUUAAAUAUUGGAUAUUUUGCUUUGAAAAAUAUUGUUGCAAAGGUGAUUCCAUCGUCAGUGAAGAAAGUCAUUUUUCAAAACAACGAACCCAUCGAUCAAAUGGAUUUCAAAAUUCCAGACUCUGUUGAAGAAGUCGAGAUACUAAACUUUAUAAGCGAUAAACCAUUAUCAAGUUUCUUACUUCCAAACUCUGCAAAAUCACUGACAAUUCCUUUUGUAAUGGUCCAACAUCAAAAAUAG